GUUUGUAAGUUUUUCUUUUCAGUGUAUUGUGUUUCAUCUUGUUAUUGAUCUGCACAAAUUAAAUAAUUGAUUGAAAAAGCUUUUAUUCAUAAAAUACAAGGAGAAGGGGAACAACCAAACAAGUGUGCAGAACUUGUGAUUAGGGUUAUAACUAUUAUAUUGUCUUGGCUGUUGUGUGGAGUGAUUUGUUCUCACAGAUACAUUAUUUUAGACUGAUUUGUUACUCAUGCAUAUAAUAGAGAUUUAAAUACAUACAUAUUUAUCUUCCCUAGUGUAUUUACCAAAAUACAGAGAAUUGAAAACAUUAUAUUAAAAUGAUUUUGAAUAUGGUAAUCAGAAAUUCAUGUGAAAACAACAUUUGAUAUAAAGUCAAGGUGAAAAGCUAUGUAUCAGAACUAUAUUUUGACAUUGUUUGGCAUUUCGUAGGUAGUGUGAUGCCACUGAAAAUUGAUCCAAUGCAAAAUAUUCGUACUCUCAGAUCAUAAAGAUGUGUUCAGAUCAAGAAUUUAGAAUUUCCAAAGUGAGAAUAUCCCUUGUACUGACUGGCAUUGCAAAACAAAGAAUAUGGAGCAACUUGGGGCACCAGAACCACCCAGAAAGAGUUCUGCUGGAAGUCAGACACCAGUUGUGGGAAGCAAAAUGUGGCAUCUUGUAACAGGCAAGAAUAAAGAAGAUAAUGCAGACUGAUGAGGAGGUUGGUAAGGUUGCAGCAGCAGUGCCUGUUAUUAUUUCAAGAGCAUUAGAACUGUUUGUGGAGUCUCUUAUCAAACGAACUAGUGAUAUAACACGGUCCAGAAAUGCUAAGACUCUCACCACCUCACAUUUAAAGGCCUGCAUUAUGGCUGAUUCCCAGCUCCAUUUUCUAAAAGAUUUGGUUGCUUCUGUUCCUGAUGUUCAAAUGGAAGAAGAAAUGGCAACAACUGGUGGUAUUGAACCUCAGCAAACAGGUCCUUGUGCAGUUGGUCGUUCAAGAGGUAGACAAAGACACAGAACUGGUGGAGAUGGCAGUGCUGGACCAAGUCAGUCAACAGCAGAAGAUUCAGAAACUGCAAGUGAUGAGGAGCUCAUGAACAAUGAAGAAGAUUCUGAGGAAGCAAGUGAUGAAAAUACUUUUAAUAACCAGAGGAUGAUGCCUCAUCAUUGGAAACUUACAAGUAAUCCACCAGAAUAUUACAUGGUUAAUAAUUUACAUCCAGCUGUUGCUCCCCCACCACCAACCAUUCCUGUUAUAGAACCUACGUAUAACACUAAUACAAGCACAGAAGAAGAUGAUUAUGACUCUUGAAAAAAAAAGGAAAGAAGUAAUAUAAAGAAUUGUAAAUAUGUUAAAACUGAUAGUAAAGCAUGUGCUAGAGAAGCGCUGACUUGAUUUUAUUGGAAGUAAAAACAAAACUACUAAUGUGUGCUAUCCCUACAUAAGAUAUAUUUUGACAGAUCAUUUGCUCACUGUUGUAAAGACUAGUUUUUAAGUAGUAUCAUAAAACUAGUAAUCGAGAUGUUCAAAUUAUUUUAACUUUUACAAAGGUAACAAUAUAGUGUUUCAUUGUAUGAAUUGAAGUGAGACAUAGUUCCAUCAUUUUAUUGUUGUUUUUUAUUAAGAAUAAAUAGUACACAUUAAAAUUUUAAUUACUUUUCUUUGUCUUUCUUUCCUAACAUCUUUAAUCCAUUGACUACUGAUUUGCCAUAUCAGGUAUGGUCCUCCUCUGACAGUUGAAUGCGAGUGUGCUGUACACAGUGUAUGUCUCGCAAAAAUUCCGGACAAGUUUAAAGCAGUCAGAGUAAAAUAACAUAAGUUGACUUGCAGAUUUUUUUCCAUUUGGAAUUUUUUUUUUAAUUAUUCUGGCUCACAGAUUUGCCUUUAGACACAUAUAUUGUCAAAUUCAAUGCAUUUAAUUUUUAUUGUUUUGCCAACUACUGUCUUUAAUGUAACAUGACUGAUUUUUAAUAAUUUGGCAUUUUGUAUGUUUUUAAAGAUUACCAUUGUGAGAUAGAAUUGGUUAAAUUUGUAUUUUUUAUACAUUCAUGACCUUGUGAAUACAUUAAUGGCAAAAUAUUCAUUGUUAUUUUUUAAAAAUCCAGUUAAUAUUAUCAAUGUCAUAUACAUUAGUUUGUAAAAGCUUUUAUUUUUGGUAUACAAAAGUUUUACAGUGAGACCACUUAAUGCAUUGGACUUAUUGUUAAUGGUAAUUUACAUGUAAAAAUUACUAAUUGGUAUAUUUAUUUCAAAAUAAUAAUUGUAUUAAAUUAUAAAUUGGUAGUUAAAGGAAAAAUUAGGAGUGCAUUCAAAGUGUAUGUAAUUUGAAAAUUAGUGGAGUGAGUAAGUGCUUUAUAAGAUAGACAAGAAAUAACUAACUCUUCUCAUAUCAUUAAAGAGGUGUUUUAUACUUGGAAGAAUAAAGUAAGAGACUUACAGUGCAUACAUGUUAUCAUCUAGUUUCUCAACAUAGCAGCUAUUUACAGUUGUUGUAAAUACUAGAAUGAUCUGUCUCCUAUGUACUGUUUAGCAGAAAAGUAUAAAAAACAACAUAUUUUACAAUACAUGUCAGUAAAUUUCUUGUUUUACGUAUUAGCAAAUACAUGAUAAAAAAUACUACAUUUGUAUCUCAUGGAAUGAACAAAAGCAUAGACGUGAACUGAUGUUUUUUCUUAUAGAUUAAGAAUAGUAGUAAGAUAUUAUAUAGCGAUGAGUGCACACUUAUGAGGUUGAUCUAGUGUGUAGAUGAUAUAUCCAGGCAAAGAUUGUCAAGGUCUAGAUCUAUCCUCAACUCUAGAACCAAACAAGCAGCUUCUAGUUCACUUGCAUCACGCAAGUAUUAUUCACAUGCUGUACAUCAACAGCAAAUCAAAACUUAUGAAAAACAUUUGGUAUUUAACUCGGAAAUUUUCAGUUGCAAUAUUUAUCACGUUACUUUCUUCCUUGUGUAAAUUGUGAGUUGCAGUGUAAACAGAGUUGAACCAUGUACUUCUGGUUACUGUGUUUUCCAUAUGGUAAUCACAUCAACAUCAUGUCAUUUAACUUGUAUUGCAUUUUGUUUUUUGGAGAGAAACCUGAAUAAUGUUACAAAAUAAUAUAUUAUCAUAGAUCACAGUUGUUGGAUAUUUAGACAUGAAAGUAAAAUAUUCUAAAAACUCGGUUUGUAAUAAAAUACUAAAUUAGGAUGUAACCUUUUUCUUGCCAAAUAUUUAUCUUUAGUUAAACAAAUUGUAUGUUAACUAUUUUGCAAAGUCCAGCAAAAGGGAUUAAGGGUAUAUUUGUUUAAGUAGCUAAAAGAGAACCAAUAAAUGUUUGUGAACCAACCUUGUAAUUAGCCUACUUAAUUGUUUUCAAGUCAGAAUAAAAGGAUAUGGUUAAUAAUAACAAAAAUAUUGAUAAAACAAAGAGGCUAAUAUUUUUAGAGUAAGAUUAAUGAGCUGAAGUGUUAAGGUAAAAAUGAGAAGUAAUGAUAAUGGUACCAACAAAGAAUUACCUAAUUUAUAAAAAUUAUCUAUGUGUUCACAGAGGUAAUAGGACUAAAAUACAAUCAUAUUCCAGAAAAGUAACCUAGAAGUGUAGCAUUAUACCUUUUUAAAAGUUUUAUAUGAGGCCUAAUUUCAACAAAUUACAUAAAUCAUAAAAUACUGUAUGCCGUGAGCAAAUAAUAUUCUUUCAGUAACAGUUUAUUGUUUUGUGAUGUCAUUAAGAAAUAUUUCUGUAUACAUUUGUGAUUAGUAAAUUUAUUGUCAGUGCUGUACAUUAUAUUUUGGUUUUAAAGACAAUUUAUAUUAAAAGCAGAUAUUCAAUCCUUGUUAAACAGCAACAUGUUUUAAGCAUUACAUUUUUGUACUGUGUUUUGAUUAGAUUCUUGAAAACAUGUUUGACUUGAUAUUCAUCAAAACCUCAUCAUUAAAAUAAAUAUUUAUGUAAUUUUAA